CACAGUUACGUGGAUUCGGGGUGAGUUCAGUUUACGUGACGCACGAGUAGGGGCGUGUCAUUGGCGAAAUCAGCUGUAGAAACAAUAACACACAAAUGAACGCCCCAAAAUGAGAGCUUACCUAUAAAUGUCAGUAAUUUCAGGAGAAAGUGCGAGGGAUAGAUGUAGCACACGUAUUGUUGAGGUUCUUUACUGCAUUCUGCAAACUUGUUUCAGGGGAUCUCUUUCAGCUCAACAGAGAGGGCGAGUGUGAAGAUGUUGCCUUUGUGUCAGUCGUGACACGCCAGCGAGUUGAACACAAAACAGUCGCGAGUUUCCAAGAGACGUCUCAGUCAUUUAACGGUUUUAUUUGAUCUCCUGCACCCGGUUUAACGGGAGCCAGGAGGGAACCACGCGCGGACUGGCAUGUGGGUCAAUUCUGGAAGCGUCGGAAGGGCCCUCUCCAUGGAUAUAGACACAGAUUAUGAGCGACCUAAUGUGGAGACCAUAAAGUGUGUGGUGGUGGGUGAUAAUGCGGUGGGCAAGACCCGACUGAUCUGUGCCCGUGCCUGCAAUGCCACCCUUACUCAGUACCAGCUGCUUGCCACCCACGUGCCAACUGUCUGGGCCAUCGACCAAUACCGUGUAUGCCAGGAGGUGCUGGAGAGGUCACGAGACGUGGUGGAUGAGGUCAGUGUCUCCCUCAGGCUGUGGGACACAUUUGGAGAUCAUCACAAAGACAGACGCUUCGCUUAUGGCAGAUCAGAUGUAGUAGUGCUGUGCUUCUCUUUGGCCAAUCCGAACUCCCUGCGCCAUGUCCGCACCAUGUGGUUCCCUGAGAUUAAGCACUUCUGCCCCCGCACCCCAAUCAUUCUGGUGGGCUGCCAGCUGGACCUUCGCUAUGCUGAUCUGGACGCUGUUAACCGGGCUCGCCGGCCUCUGGCCAAACCCAUCAAACCCACAGACAUCCUUCCCCCAGAACGAGGCCACGAGGUCGCUAAGGAACUUGGCAUUCCAUACUACGAAACAAGUAUUGUUGCUCAGUUCGGUGUAAAGGAUGUGUUUGACAAUGCUAUCCGUGCUGCACUCAUCUCUCGACGCCACCUUCAGUUCUGGAAGUCCCAUCUAAAGAAGGUUCAGCGUCCUCUACUCCAGGCACCGUUCCUCCCCCCCAGACCACCACGACCUGUGGUGGGCAUCCCUGAUCCUCCUCCCAUGGAUGGAGAAGGUCUAGACUCUCUUUUCUGCCAGCCGUUGUGUGCAGAUGUCCUGUUUCUACUCCAGGCUGGGGCCACUCAUGUCUUUGCCCAUAAGGUGUACCUGGCCACUUCCUGCUCAAAGUUCUAUGACCUUUUCACUUUGGAUCUUGGAGCGGUAGGGAUGGAGAAGGAGGGUGAGGAGAGUUUAGAGGGAAGCGAGGAAGAGGAGCAGAGCCGAAGAGGAGCCAAAGAACAGGCUGGGCGUACCAAGAGCCUGGACAUUGAUAAGGAGGGUGAAGGGGGCAAUAGGGGUUCAAAUAGGCUGCUCAUGUUGCAGCAGGGCUCACUGAGGACUUCACAGAGCGAUAACGCUCUGCCUGCCAGGGGCCAGUGCUCUGUGGGACCCCUGGGAGCAGGCCGUGCUCUUUUGGGAUGGGGACGUGGUUUCUUGGGAGUGUACCUGGAGAUGGUGGAUGACCCUGUGACAGGUCGGCCUAGACUCAUGACAGUUGUGUCAAUGGAUGAUCUCAUUCAGAAAGGGCCUUUUCAGGCAGUGCUGCAGUACCUUUAUACAGGUCACCUGGAUGAGACACGUGGAGACCUGAUGCAGGUGGCCACCAUCGCGGAGCUUCUGGAGGUCUUUGACCUGCGUAUGAUGGUGGCAAAUGUGCUGAAUCGUGAGAGCUUCAUGAACCAGGAGAUCACCAAAGCCUUCCAUGUGCGUCGUGCCAACCGCAUCAAAGAGAGCCUAAGCAAGGGCACCUUUGCUGAUGUGGUGUUUCGAUUGGACGACGGAUAUCUGCCAGCCCACAAGCCACUGCUCAUCUCAAGCUGUGAUUGGAUGGCAGCCAUGUUUCGUGGAUUCUUCAUGGAGAGCUACACUGAGGAGGUCUCUAUCCCCAACACCACUUGUGCCUGCAUGAGAGCCGUUCUGGAGUUUCUCUACUGUGGUGUGUUAACACCAUGUCCUGAACUGGAGCCAAUGGACCUUAUAAUACUAGCCAACCGCCUCUGUCUUCCUCGCCUUGUAGCUCUAACAGAGCAACAUGCUGUUGAGGAGCUAUUGCAGUUGUCCGUUAAAGGGGUGGACAUUGAUGGACAUGUGCUGGCCUAUCUGGAGAUGGCUCAGUUCCACAAUGCCAAACAGCUUUCUGCCUGGUGUCUGCAUCACAUCUGCACCAACUACAAUAGCGUUUGUCGAAAAUUCCCUAAAGACAUGAAGACUAUGUCUCCUGAAAACCAGAAGCACUUUGAGAAGCAUCGCUGGCCCCCUGUGUGGUUCCUGAAGGACGAAGACCGCUACCUCCGUUCUCAAAAAGAACGAGAGCGUGAGGAGGAGAUCUUACACAAGCAGCACACCAAACGGAGCUGGUUUUUCUGGAGACAUCCAUCCUCCUCAGCACCCCACAUUUCCUGAGGGUCUGCCUCCAUUCAUCCUUCCAACCCCCCUGUACUCCUCACCCUCAUCUCAGUCCAGAGGCAUGUAGCCAAGCCUGGGGAGCCCUGUUUCUGUGCAUCUGUCCUGACAGGGUCCUCUUUGCCUCUGAGCUUUAGCCUUCCCUACCCACGCUGGGCCUUAGUGGACUGCCCGUCACGAGAGCGUCAUUAAACGGGAGAAGGUUUAAAGAAAGUCUCAAAUCUUUCUCUCUCUCAAUGUUACAUGUUCUACUGUGCGAAUGCAACAGGUCUCGCAGCAGCAUCACAUAGGGAACAGCAUCAUUGCAGUGACCUGCUUUCGCCUCUUAAGACUGUUAUUAUUAUAUGAGACCACACACACACACACACUCACACCAGCACCCCGUCUGAGCGCUGGCGCCCGGGCACACAGAUGCUGCAUGGUGCUGCUGUGUUGAUCUUUUCUCUGUGAGACCUAUUUUUGGGAAAACCGUCAUGUUCAAUGCCUACAAGCUGAAACAUAGCUUAGCUUUGAAUACAACUAGCAACUAAAAUGGCGGCAGGGAUUUACAUAUAAAAUAAUUGUUAGAAUAAAGGGGUUAUUGCCCCUGCCUUCAUGCUUACUAAAAACAAUUCUCCAUUUUGGAUCUUCCAUUGCCCCAUAUUGGCUCUGAAUACCAACUGUGUUGCUUACUGAAGAACUGUUUUUCAGAUUGCUUUUCCUGUUAUUAAAUUUUGUUCAUGUGGUAGAACAGAAGGGGUGUGUAGUUCAGGUCUGUCUCUCACUAAAAAUUCUAGGACAGCACCAAAGACAGACAAACAGACAGACAACUCAUUCAAACACAAACGCCUUACCAAAUUCUGCAGAAACAAAAACUUGACAGCAAGUGAACUAUGAAAUUAGGGCUAUUUUUACCACUACCAGGAAAGUAAUAACAAUCACAGCUGUCGAAUGAGUUUUGUGAUUUGACCACUAGCAAGCUCCUCGACUUGCUUUCCUUUCACUUCCACCCCUGGGGGGCGCCCAUGCCUUCUGAGUUUAACCUGCUUACGUAUUAGCUACUCUUUUGUUUGUCAGUCCUGUUGCAGAUCUUCACACCCUUGUGAAAUGCACUUGUUUUUGUAGCACUACUUCAGUCUUAACUAUUGGUUAACCAAAAAGUAGGUUGCGAUGUUUCUUAUUCCUUCGCCGCUCCUCUCUAAUAUUUCUCUGCUCCUCUACCUCUGCAGUUAGCCAAACUGAGGGAGAAACUAUCGAUCCACUUCCUGUAGUGUUUGAUGUGUUGCAAUGUGAUGCUUCACUUUGCACUUUACACAUGCAGAUAAAAUCAGUGCUCAGGAUUAACCUGCUAAAUGUCACAGUGUUCAACCACUCACCCAUUAUCUCCUUAAGGGGCGGUUUCACUAGACUUUGAGCACUGCAACAGUGCUAAAAUUUUUUUUUUUUUUUUUUUUAACAUAGUACAAAGUAUUUAACGUAUAAUAAUAAUAAUAAAUCCAAAAUGUAAAAAUAUACAAUCUACUCUGCUUUCCUGCAAUGCUGCGAACCAGCAAAUUUAAAGUUUAUGAUUGUUUAAUUCCGCUAAGAUGACAAGCCAUGACGCUUUGGAUGCAGCGAAAUGUAAAACUUCCUUCGCACGAGCUUGCGUUUCCAGCAUUUAUAUGCGUAUGAAUGGAAGUAAAUGGAAAGAAAAGUGUAGUGUGACCGCCGCUUUACACAAGUUGACCUGUUCUGACAAUCUUAAUAACAAAAUAUCCCAACAUAGGCUGUAAAUCAAAAGUGUAUCCUUCUAUUUCAAUUGAAUAGCUUUCGAUUUCAAGCUUUGUACUUUGAAACAGGUUUUGUGGUUAAACUGACAGUGAUAUGCUAACAUGCCCACUCUCAGCUUGGUUCCUCCUUUCAGAUGUGCAUGCGCUGUGGAGUGUUAGCAUUCGUUUGCUAGAGUCUUGUCUCGACUGCCUUCCACCUGAAAACAUGAGUGCCUAUGACCAUUGUUACACUUUCCCUUCUACAUUCAAGUAUUUCUCGGUGAAGCAUGUUUGUUUUGCCUGUUUCGUGCCUUUUAACAAAAGUGUUUUUAAUAGCUACUUUGGAGGUGAAUUAGAAAUCGGAAGUCAUUUUAAGUUUACCAUGCCACCCUUUUUCUAUUUCUGGCUUUCUGAUUUCACUUCCUCACUUCCUUCGCACCAGACGAGCUGAAAUCAUCAACAGCUACUAAAAUAGACAUGCAGAGCCCAUGUGCUCAGACAGGCCUAUCUGCACACAAAUAAUAAAUAAAUGAUGAAUAAGAGGGAAGCAGAGAGCAGACACUUGUCUGUGUGCUACUGUCUUGACAUUCACUUGUAGAGGCACUUCCCAUUAAGAUGCUUUAUUUAUAGGGGCAGACAAAUAAAUGAAUGUUUAUAGAUGCCACACUAUGCCUAAAGGCUCAAUAAUUAGUAAAAUAAUGAAUGUAUGACCUUGCUGUGUAUUUGCAGACUGGCUCUGUGAUGAAUUAUGUAUUUAAUCACAGCUCUCCUGUCUGAGUUAAAGAAAUCACCCCAGAUGAGCGAUUCGAGAACACUACAAACAUCAGCAUGCUUGUUGGGAUGGAAAGCGUUGUUGCCGUGGUGAUUUCAGUUAGCACUUUUUGUUCUUUGACUAUUUGCUUUUGCACUAUUAUUUUAGAUUUGGUCUGUCUUUGAAGUGCAUGGCACUGACUGUUUCUAAACUAUGGCUUUUUAAAACAUUUUGUAGCAUGGAAUGGUUUCUUCCAUUGAAACGGUGCUCCUUAUGGCCCUGCAUAUUUUGUGCUUACAUAAAAAAAAAAAAAAAAAAAAAUUCCCUAAUACUUACUAUAAGACUUUUAUGUUGGCUGCUCAAAUUCUUUGUACCUUGUCCUUUAAUCGAAUAUGCCCUCAUUAACUUCAAGGACAUGUGAUCCAUGUUUUUCUGUAGAAAUUAGGUGGUUUUGUAGAUUUCAAAUAAACAGUAUUAGAAACCAUUAGACAUUAAAAGGAUUGUUCACCCCAAAUGCAAAUUCUGUCAUUUGCUCACCCUCAUGAUGUUUGAAACGUGCAUACAUUUAUUUCUUCAGCAGGACACAAAAUAAGUUAUUUUGAAGAUUGGUUCAGGUGUUUGUUCUGUAUAAUUAAAGUCAAUGGCCUCCAACUCAACUUUAUUGUAUGGACAAGACAUUCAUCAGAAUAUCUUUUUUUUAAAGUUCCACAGAAGUAAAAAGGGUCAUACAAGUUUGAAAUGACAUGAGGGUGAGUAAAUGAUGACAGAAUGUUCAUAUUUGAAUGAACGAUUCAUUUAAAGUGAGAGAUUGGUUCAGGCAUUGACUAACAACAUGAAAGAUCCCUGCUAACAGUAUAACUGCUAGCUAAAUAUGCACUUUACCUUGAAAUUUGAUACAAAUGAUUCAAUUUAACAGUAGUCUUUAGCAACCAAUUGUGAAGUAUUUAUCAGUGCACGUUUACAGGUAAGAUGUGCAUGGGAAUGGUCUAAGCGCUAACUUGUAUGUAAUUAAGUAUAACAGUAGCUUUCAUUACUAAGGAAUUAUCAUGCACUUUUGUCAUGUUGUUGAAAUAAAAAAUCAGCCAUGUUCAAAAAGUUCAUCCAAAACCCUUACAGAUACUUAAUGUUAUUCUAAAUGUUUAUCAUGUUCAUUAUUAAUGACACAAUGUGGUUGUAGUUCUAUGUAUUUAAUAACAGUACAGCAUUAGAAACCCACUAUAAGAAUUGGGAGAGCACUUGAGAAUUGCGGUCUAUUGUUGUGUUGCUGUGCCUUUAAUUGGGGGGGUCGUACUGAAGAGAGGUCACUGCCUUUAGUUUUGAUCAAGGUAAUUGUAGUGCACUAACAAACACACACUACACCACACACUUCAGCUGACAGCCAGCAGACCACUGUAUUGCUCCUUCUGCAUGCCUGUGGCCAGCAUGUAGCAAUACCAUUUGCUUUGAGUGAUGUGAAGUAUUUUUAUGCUUUUCCCUCUAAAUAUUUGGGUGUUUUCAUCCCUCUUUGAUUGUGCUGAGCUGAGUGGAAACCUGUGCUUGUUGUGAACAGUGAUCAUACUUGUUUGGAUGAGAGUGAAUGUAAACACAUGCACAUUAACAGAGUGUCAGAGGCACACUUGCGCCCUCUACAGUCAAAUGAAGGUCAGGGGUUUAUUUUAUUUUAUUUUCUAUUUUAUUUUAUUUUUUAAAGGUAAUAUAAAUUGGUGUAUGACAAGGGAAACAUGUUACAAAACAUUCUUUUUGGAAUAUGACUUUGGUUUAGGUGUAUUUUUGUAAAAUACUAAUACCAGAGAGCAGUUAUUGUGGUGAUUUUUUUAAUUUUUAAUUUUUUUUUUUUUUUUAACUUU